AACAGAGACACCCCCGCUACCUUUCUUACCAUUCAAGCGAAAACAACACAACAAUCUCUCUUUCUCUCUCUCUCUCUAGGAAGAAUAACAAGAAGAUCGUCUUCUUCGUUCCUAUCUCUCUCUCGUCUUUUCUGCUAAAAAAACCCUAAACCUUCAGGGCUCUUUCUCUCUCUAGAAAUCUAUUCCUCAGAGUGUUUCGAUUUCUCUCUCCUAGGGUUACGGUUGGGGUGGCGCGUCGAUGGGGCAACAGUCGCUGAUCUACAGUUUCGUGGCGCGUGGAACGGUGGUUCUUGCGGAAUACACCGAAUUCACCGGAAACUUCACCAGCAUAGCUUCUCAGUGCCUCCAGAAGCUUCCCGCCACCAAUAACAAGUUCACUUACAACUGCGACGGGCACACCUUCAACUACCUCGUCGACGAUGGAUUCACUUACUGUGUGGUCGCAGUUGAGGCUGUUGGUCGACAGAUUCCAAUUGCCUUUCUCGAGCGGAUCAAGGAGGAUUUUACCAAGAGAUAUGGUGGAGGAAAAGCUGCAACAGCAGUUGCUAAUAGCUUGAACAAGGAGUUUGGGCCCAAAUUGAAGGAGCACAUGCAGUACUGCAUAGAUCAUCCAGAGGAGAUCAGCAAGCUUGCUAACGUUAAAGCUCAAGUCUCGGAAGUUAAAGGAGUUAUGAUGGAAAAUAUUGAAAAGGUCCUUGACCGUGGAGAGAAGAUUGAACUUCUGGUCGAUAAAACAGAGAACCUUCGCUCUCAGGCACAAGAUUUCAGGCAGCACGGUACCCAGAUGAGGAGGAAAAUGUGGUUGCAGAACAUGAAGAUAAAGCUAAUAGUUUUGGGUAUCUUAUUCGCGCUGAUUCUCAUCAUUGUUCUAUCUGUUUGUGGUGGCUUCAAUUGUUGAUGGCUCCUGUUUGCGCUCUAUUUGGACCAUCUUCAUGACUGAGGAUUCGAGUUCCUCUUCCAGUUUUACAUUACCCGUCACAAUUAUUUUUGUUUGCUAUUUCACAUUCUGAUAUAGCCUAUAUUGUAAGACAGUGUAUGUAUAGUUUGUAUGCAAACACUCUCCUUUAGUCUUUUGACGUGUGGAAGGUGUUCUGUUCCUUUAUUUCAUUGCUCUUUGAUGUUGAAACAAUGAAAAUUUGCAGCCUAUUGUGAUUCAUUCCAGAUUUAUUGUUCGGCA